ACACUGCAGAUGGAGAAGAUCAAGGCCCGUUUGAAGGCUGAGUUUGAGGCCCUUGAGUCAGAAGAGAGGCACCUGAAGGAAUACAAGCAGGAGAUGGACCUCCUUCUACAGGAAAAGAUGGCCCAUGUGGAAGAACUCCGACUGAUUCAUGCUGACAUCAACGUGAUGGAAAACACCAUCAAACAGUCUGAGAAUGACCUAAACAAGCUGCUAGAGUCUACCCGGAGGCUACAUGAUGAGUAUAAGCCACUCAAAGAACAUGUGGAUGCCCUGCGUAUGACUCUGGGUCUGCAGAGGCUCCCUGACCUAUGUGAAGAGGAGGAAAAACUCUCCUUGGAUUACUUUGAGAAGCAGAAGGCAGAGUGGCAGACGGAACCUCAGGAGCCCCCCAUUCCUGAGUCCCUGGCCGCUGCAGCCGCUGCUGCACAACAACUCCAAGUGGCUAGGAAGCAGGACACUCGGCAGACAGCCACCUUCAGGCAGCAGCCCCCACCUAUGAAGAAAAAGGAAGAUAAGUACUAA